AACUAUGGUGCAUCCGGGAAAGCUAGCUGAGCGCGCGCUCAAACGAGCUCCUCGUGACGUUUGUUUACAAGCGGUAACAGUUUGAACGAGUACCUCGAUGGGAUGGAUACCUACGCCGCAGUGAGUUUGAUCAUAAUGUAUGAAGACGAGUCGCUGGAUCUCCGUUACAGAGACGGAACGCGGUUGCAGCUGUCCCCGUGCGGAAGUGAGUUUUUGCUGGAGAGACCCCCAGACCCUCACCGGCACCUUCUGGAGCCCACAGAGAGAGUACGACAGAGGACCAGGUUCACUGUCAGCGCAUACAAGGAGCUGGUUGUUGCUGCUUUAGAAUUUAGGAACAAGUAUGCAAGUCGACCGUACCUGCCAGAAGAACUCAUCUCUGCUGACAAAAAGAAGGUUUUUUUCAGUGUUGAACAGUGCGUCUGUUGGCCGGAGAAGUCAUCCUGUCAGGCUGAGCACAGACCUGGGGGUGAGGUUGUGAUUAAGUCUGAGGAGGACCAAGCCUUGUUGAUACUGUCGCCCUCAGGUGAAACGUUCUCAGUGGAGUUCACGUGCAGCUUGAGUCGGGCUGAAAGUCAGCAUCCUGGAUCGCAGUGUUUGGAUGGGCAACACGACGGCGCAGGGAGUCAAACUCAAGCGUGCAGUCUGAUCUUUAACAGUACUGAUGAUUGCACUAAAAUGCAGAGUAGAGUGAGAGAAAGGUUGGAUAAUACUGGAGUUAUCACACCUGCUCCAGAGAAGGUGUUGUGGUCCACCACAGUGGUGCAGCAUCACUCUUGCUGUGCUUUCCCUCCCGCAUGGGCUUACCCUUUGUCUUUAGUUCGCCAUCACUGGACGUCUUGUUUCACUGAGGCUGGAGAACCAAGCACUUCCACGGAGACCAACGGAGAAAUAAACACACCUGAUAAACCCUGUGAGGAAAGAACGUCCCGCCUCCCUCUGGCUCUGCCUCUCACAUGUCAACUGCCUCAUUGGCACAGGUGGAAGGUUAAAGAUCCACUGGUCAGAGGAAAGGCAUCAGAUAUUCCAACAGACCUUGUGAAAAUAGUGUGGUGUAAAGGAAUUACGUACAGGAUACUGAGUGGAGCAGUCAUUGAAAUAUCUCCUGGAGAUGGAACAGUCAUUCGGUCGAAUGGCAUCAGCAGUUCUUAUUUUACUCAUCACAAACUUGAUCUUCAGUCGAAACAGGUAAAAAAGCUCACUUACCACUUGAACAGUCUUCCACCUGAUGUACAUGGACAGGCGUACUCGGUGUGCUCGAUUGUGAAUCGUGCAAACAGGAUCAUUGCUUGUUAUAACCAGGCCAAGCAGUUACUGAAAUUCCCUGCUUCUCCCAGCUGCCUUCACCAGAGCAAAAGAACGUAUGAGUCAGGAACAUUUGAAGAAAAUCCAUCUAACUCUGUGAGUAUUGAGCAACAGAUGGAUGUGACCCAUGGAGCAGAUAAUCGGUCAUGUAUUGUUGCUGCAGAACUGGAGAAGAUAAAACGAUUCAAUUUCCUGCUGGAGAACAACCAUCUGCUAAAAACGGAGCAGGAAUGUGCCGUGGUCAAAGAAGGUUUUGCUGAGGUCACCUGUGAGCCUGCUAAUGAAGACUGCAUUGCUGAAGCUCUUGAAAAUACCUCUAAAGCCAUUCGAGACAUCGAUGCUCUUAUAUGUGCUGCAACACGUACAUACAAGGGAUCAAUCCAAGAAGAAACUACUGAUGUGUGAUUACAGCUAACAAAUGAAAUUUAAGCUUUUAUAUGAAUAAACUGUUGAAUACUC